AAAAGAAAACAGCGAACCGAGUUUCGCUGCGAGGCCAAGGGGGCGCGAAGGCCGGGGCGGGGUGAUGGGAAGUCGGGCCCGGAGUUCCGAGAGUAGGCCUGGAAACUGCUCGGUGGGGGCGUUUGCUGUAAGAGCGGGCUGCCAGCCGACCCCACCCGGGAGAGCCCCCUCCGCCCAGUGCGUUUUGUCCUCCUGAAUCGGGUGAAGAGGGGAAACGGGUGACAAUCUGGGAAGAAAACCCUGGAAGCGCGACAGGCGGCGCAUCGAGUUCCUCCGAGGAUCAAUGACCUGACGGAGCGCCGGAGUCGCGCUCCUUCUGGGUGGCUUGGGUCGGUGGUGAGCCCGGGGCUUGCGGACUGGCGGACGGGCCGGCCGGAGGACUGCAGUCUCCCGCGGAGGGGUGAGAAGCCGGCGGAGCAGCGGGGACGGCGGCGGCGCUCGCGCGGCGCCUGCGGGGGGAAGGGCAGUUCCGGGCCGGGCCGCGCCUCAGCAGGGCGGCGGCUCUCCCAGCGCGGCUCAGGGGCCCGGGCGGCGGCGGCGGCGGCGGCGGCGGGAGGCUGCGAGAGGCGCGGCCGGUGAUGUCCCGGUGAGCGGCGGGCGCGGGCCUCCGCCCCUAGCAGGCAACUUCCUCGCAGGCCGCACGGGCGCCCUCGCGGCGACCAGGCUUCGUUUCAGUUUCGCGGCGGCCGCGGCGGCGUUGUUGGCAGAGGGGACCCGGGACACCUGAAUGCCCCCGGCCCCGGCUCUUCCGACGCGAUGGGGAAGGUGCUGUCUAAAAUCUUCGGGAACAAGGAAAUGCGGAUCCUCAUGUUGGGCCUGGACGCGGCCGGCAAGACGACCAUCCUGUACAAGUUGAAGCUGGGCCAGUCGGUGACCACCAUCCCCACCGUGGGGUUCAACGUGGAGACGGUGACUUACAAAAACGUCAAGUUCAACGUAUGGGAUGUGGGUGGCCAGGACAAGAUUCGGCCGCUCUGGCGGCAUUACUACACCGGGACCCAGGGUCUGAUCUUCGUAGUGGACUGCGCCGACCGCGACCGCAUUGACGAGGCCCGCCAGGAGCUGCACCGCAUUAUCAAUGACCGGGAGAUGAGGGACGCCAUAAUCCUCAUCUUCGCCAACAAGCAGGACCUGCCCGAUGCCAUGAAACCCCACGAGAUCCAGGAGAAACUGGGCCUGACCCGGAUUCGGGACAGGAACUGGUAUGUGCAGCCCUCCUGUGCUACCUCGGGGGACGGACUCUAUGAGGGGCUCACAUGGUUAACCUCUAACUACAAAUCCUAAUGAGCAUUCUCCAGCCAUCCCCCAGAAGGAGAGAAAUCAAAAACCCAUUCAUAGGAUUAUCUCCACCGUCAUCACCUCUUUCAGUUGCCACUUUCUCUUCUUUUGAAUUUGAACUCUGGAGUUAACUUCUACGUUUUGGUGGGGGAGGGGGGUUGGGGUUUUCUUCUUUCCUUUUUUCUCUCCCCACUCCCUCCCCCUUUUUUUUGGCUUUGCGUUAGGAUGCUCUGAUCUGACAUUUGACAUGAACACAGUGCUAGAUGCUCUUGUUGACUUCCAGCAAAUGGGGUUGGGGAAAUACAGCAGUUCUUGGUAAAGUCCUUUAUAAUAAUGGUUUGAUUUUUUUAUUUUGAGAGAAAUUUUUUUUCCAAUGUAUGCUUUUUUCCUUUUUGCCCAGUUUCCUUAUCACUUGCUGUAGAUGGCUUAUUUUGCAUUCAUGCAGACUAUGUUGCAAGUCUGUUUCAUCUAGUAAACUGAAAAUUAUUGCUUAAUCAAACUGCCGUUUGUCUUUUAUAUUUAAGGCCUUCCCCCCUCCCUUAUUAGUUCUAACUUUAACGUAGUAAUUUCAAAUGUGACCUUUUAUAACUAAGACCAAUAUGGUAAACUUAGCCCACAGUGGCAAAUAAUGAGUAAUACCAAUGUAAUAUGUUCCAGUUGCACAUCAGUAUGUUAAACAGGUAAUGUAAGAAGUUCUUUGAAAUGUCAGCUCUUAAGUUCUGAAACAUACAUCAUGCAUGAGUAAGAAUAAAACUAAGUUCCCCAUAACAUAGCUAACUUUACGCUGCAUAAAAAUAUGAAAGUGUAACCUGUCUAGGACACAGAUUGUUUUUCACUGCAAAGUUAGCAACUUUGCUGUUUUCCCUCAAUUUCUUACCUUCACAAUAGACUCUUUCCAGAAAAUGGAGCAAUAAUGGUGUAUGCCACACAGAUGAAAUACUUGUAGAUAUUUUAAGUGACUUGGGCAAAACUGGAAUAUAUGGUAUUAUUAACUUGUUUCAAAUGUCUAAGACCAGUUUUAAAAUUUCUGAAAUACUUAACUUUGUUCACUUAAAAAAGCAUUUAAUGAUUCAAAUUAUAUGCACCUUUUACCUAGCUGGAAAAAUACACAUUCCUGUUUUCACAUUACAACAACUGAUUAGAACUGAAGAUACGUAAUUUUUUAUAAAUGAGUGAUCCACAUCUCCAUGAAUUAGAACACUGGAAAAGAUGUUUUAUUUUAAAAAAGGUAUUUAAUUUUGCUUGAUUGUAGGAUUAACUCAUGCAAAUAGAUACCCUGUUGGUUCAAUAGUAUACUAUCUCCUUUAAGGAAAGAAACGUGAUGAAUGAAUGAUGUGUAGAUUUGAGGGAUGACCAUUAAAGGGGAAGUAGGAUGAAUUAAAGAACCUACAGAUGACAAUGAAUGUAAACUUAUUUUUCUUCAAGGGUAAGCAGUGUGCUCACUGGUGAUAGCUACAUCUUAAAAUUAGCUGGUUAGAACCAGUAACUAGAUUGAGACCACUAUGAUAAUGUUUUGAACCAAAUGUUAAUGCUUGAUUUAGAAUUGGGAAGCAGCAUCUGGUUCUUAUAUAGCCUUAAGGAUUAAUUUUAGUGAUCCUCAAGGAAUUAAAUGUAGGGAAUUUCAGAAAUGUAGACUGCAAAGGCAGUAUACAGGAAAAGGUGGAGUGAUUUUGUUAAUGAGGGUGUCUGAAAACUAAAAAUGAGCCGGAUAUCAUGGUAUAGUUGGACAGUAUUGGUCCUUCAUGUUUUGGCCAUAUCGUAUAAUGGAGCUUUUACCAAAGAUGUAUGAGAAGCAGAAGACUAAAAAAAUCAAGUAUUCAAAGUAAAACUGAAAACAUUUUACUUAAACAGAUGGGAAAAGGUGCUAUGUUUUAGGCUCCCACUGGUGCAGAGGGAUUUUUGAAUUCAAGAUGCAACUAAAGUAUGAAGUUCUGAGUUUUCUCUUUAGUAGAAGUAUUUCUGAAAAUGAGACUGAUAAACACAUUUAAGAACAUCUUGGUUGCCUUUUAGAAUUCCCAAAGCUCCACUAUAAAUGUAAUUCUUAGUGUUUUAGAUGAUUACAAUUUAGGGUACAUAAAGAUGGGUUAUACAAAUAUCAAUGCUAUAGUAACAUCCUGAAACAAAACAAGCACAAAGAUGUAAAUGCCUAAACUGGAGGAAACUUGAAACCCUCAUGUUAAUUCUUAAAUGUAGUGUUUCUAACUUGUGACAGAUUGUUAGGCAGCCAUUUUUUUGUCUUAAAAUAACUGGGGGCAUAGUUAAAAUUUUAUACAUCAAGUGAUUGCUAUUACUGAAUGUUGCAGGUGAGAUAUGGUUAUUUUUAGUUUAUUUGAAAUGUCUGCCUGAAAAGGGAGGCAGGGGUUGCAAAUAACUGAAAUUUGGAAAACCCUAAACCUUUUGGAAAGAAGUUGUAAUUUUCAGUUAUAUUUUCUUUAAGAGUAUAAAAGGUUUAUAAUUGUAGUUAAAUUGAGUCAUAACAUUGGUGAUUAUGGAGCAGGUGCUUAUGGUCUGCAAAAAAGUUAUGAUCUAAGUAAGGAUUUCAGAAUUAAAAAAAUAAGAUCCUAAAGUUUUUGUUUAAUUGCAUCAAUUUCUGUAUUUAUGUGAAUUUAUAAACUGCAGUAAGUUUUGAAUGAGGUUAAUCUUGUCUAAUAUAAGUAAAUGAGUUUGUAGACUGUGAUCGCCCCAAACUAAAAAGUACAGUACUUGGAAUUGUGUUCUUUAUGGUUGUAGUGUUGGUAAAGCACUAAUAUGCAGAAAAUAAAGGAAUUACACAGUGCA